UCGUCCACAGGCUGUUUGGCGGGAAGUCAUUCUGGGGGCAGGAAGAGGAGAGAGAGGCCCAGCCAGAGAAAUCCCCAGAGCCAGAAGCAGGGCCCACACCACAGGCAGCCAGCCCUGACUGUCCAGGAGAAAGGUCCAGAAAGAUGAGAGACCUGCAGCAGAAGGUGGCCCAGAGGCGCACGGAGCGGCGGGCGCUGCAGUGUGAGCUGAGUGCGAAGGUGUUCGGGCACGAGCUGAGCUUCAUGAACUGUGGGGUCCUGGGGAGCCACGUGACACGCCCGUCCUUGAACCUGGCCGAGCUAUCAGUCAAGCUCCUGAAGGGGCAGGAGGUACAGGUGACCCGGAGGCUGAACCUGGCAAUGCAAGAGCUCACCUUUCCCACCAUAUCCGGCCUUCCAGCCCGGCUGAGCCUCAAUGUCUCUGCCGCCAUCAGCGUCCGAGUCCGAGGGACUGCCGACUUCCAGCAGCAUCUGGAUUUCUCUGUGCAUGGCUACAUCAAGCCCAGUGCCCUGCUCCAGGUCUCGGCGCAGAUGGGCGCGGUGGGCGCCCUGGGCCAGGCCGGGCUGAGGUGGGUGACCGGCGUCCGUGGCACCGCCAGCCUGGAUGGUGGGGUCCACGCGAGGAAGGGCCGGGACCUCAAGGUGCAUCUGAACACUCCCGAGGAGGCCGUGGAGCUGCUCAGCUUCAGCUCUAAGCUGUAUCUCGUCACCGGGGAUGACGUGAGGAGCCUCAGGAAUGUCCACCGCCCUUCUGAGGCCCAAUCCUGUACUGACAAGAAAGCGUCCCACACCUGGGGCUGGCAGCUAUGUACAGAAGUCACCUGGCCGGCCGCUGGUCAGCCCUACCUGCUCUCGGCGCCUGUGUUCGUGGCUGUGACACUGACGAAGAAGGACCGGGGCCUCCGACAGUAUCUGCUGGAAGCUGCCUAUACCUUCCAUUCCCGGAAGGACAGCUGGCUCCCUCAGGAAGCUUUGAUUCACCUUUUCAUGGGCACCCCCAAGUCAGAGGUGCCCAGGGAUGUUGGGGUGGACAUCAGGUACAGCUUGCCCCAGGGGAAGUUCCGGCUCAAGCUUCUACAUCCCAAGAAGAAAAUGCAGCUGGAUGGAAAGAUUGAGACUCUUCAGAGUGCCCGGGUGGGUCACCUGGAGCUGAUACUGGAUGACAGGGACGUCUACUACAUUAAGGGCCGGAGUGACCUGUGGCCAGCAGCUGGGGGCGAGGCCCAGCGGUGUGAGGUCCAGCUGGAGGUGAAACUCGUGACAGCAGGGAGUCCUGUGGUCCUCAUGGGGAACCUCAGCCAGCAGACCGGCAGCAAGUUGGCCUUCUCCGUGUCACUGAGCAACCUGCUGAGCGACCAGGCCCACCUGUCAGUGCUGCUGGAGAAGGCGGUGGAGGAUGGGCUGCAGGUGGUGGCCCUGGGCGGCGAGCUCUCUGUGCCCGGUUUCGUGGGACUGCACCUCGUGGGCCUCCUACAGAGGCACAGCCGCCUCUGGACCAGCUCCCUGAGGAUCAAGUACGGCCUUCUGGGAGCCUUGAACAUGGAUAGUCCAUGGCUGAUGGUCUCCGUGGCUCACAGGCUGGACUGGUCACGCCGACCCAUGUUCCAGGCUGUCCUGGAGCUGACACUGGGCAAGGCCUGGACCCUCAAGAACCUGGUGAUGAACGUGGCCUACAGGAAACAGGGCCUUGACAGGGAGGGCAAGAUCCACAUCUACACCCCGGCUACCACUUACCUCCGGGUAUCCACGGUGACAACGUUGGCCCAGAGCCUCUUCCGCAGCCGGAGUGAAGUAGAAUCAGCCUGGAGUGCUGCAGUGUGGAGCGAGAUCCAUGCAGAGAACAGCCAGGACCUUAAGAUACUUCACUGCUGGUUGAAGGGCCCCCUGCAGGAGAUGAACCUAACGGCCGCCUACAGGCACAUGGAGCAGCCCCAGAAGACCCACGUGUCGCUGACGGCCCUGGUGACCAGCACCAGGGGCCAGCCUCGGGGCCUGGAGUUGGAGGGCAAGCUGGAGGAGGUGAUGCGGGACAGGAGCUGGUACCAGAAGCGGGGGACCUUCCUCCUCAGGCACACCUUGCCUCUGCCCAUCCCGCAGAGCCUCCUCCUGCAGGAGAGCUUCACAGCGGAUAGGCAACACCAGCGAUGCUCCCUGGAAACUAGGCUCGUCCUGAACGGCCAAGAGGAGACCCUGCAGACCGUAGUCCUGGGCUACCAGGCCGGACACCCCUACGUCUGCGCAGGCCUGACCCACCCAUACGACGGCAAGGCCAUCCCCAGGAACGUGGAGGGGUGCGCCGUUGCUUGGAGCCAGCACGCCGCUCAGAACAGGGAGGUCGAGGCCACUUUGAAAGUCAACCAGAAAGUCGUGCUGCACUUAAAGGGUCUGCACCGUGACCAAUCUCAGCGUGGGGAAAUCUGGCACAGCCUGGCCCUGGACGCAGCUCACGCCUCCCAGCUGAGGCUCCCCCAGGCCCUGCGUUUGGAUGGGGACGUCGUCUUCAGACGGGGUCCCCGGGGAGCAUUUGACUGCAGCCUGGACACAAGGGCCACCAUCAACCACAACGUCACAUCCCAGGUCUCGGUCCAGCUGAACAGAUCUGACUCCCACUUGGCAUUCCUCCUCCAGCUCAGACAUCCCCACAGACCAACAUUUCCUCCAGACUUACAGCCCCCCGCGAAGCAUCCGCUGCUGGAGCCACAGGCAGCAAGCUUUGAUACUGUAGCAACUCGCCUGGCAACUAUGUGUAGUCCUUCCCCUCCUCGCACGGCCAGCGCUCCAAGGAGAUCAAGGCCUGUUAUCCGGGCAUUCUUUGUUAUCAAGGAGGUGCACCCGGUUGGCUGCCCCUAG